GGUCCGAAAUCGGCAUGUACAUGCGAAUCCCUCGGGUGAGUAAGGCAGAAUUUACAAGGCUUGCUUUAUUCGACAUACUGCAGAGUCCCAACGCUUGCGACAUGCUUAGAGGAAAUGUAUGGAAUUUCUGUCCAUUUGUAAGUGGAUGGUGGCGUGGGAAGUUCGUCGGGUUGCGCAAGUGACGGUGCACUCGGUCGUCGGCGGUCGCCUUGCCAGUGUUCUGCUUUCUCCCCUCAACCGUCUCGUGGCUAUCUCACUUUUGUACAACACCAUUCGUUCCCCCCGCAAAACCUCCCGGUCCCGCAUUACAUAUACGUUCAUCGUUUAAACUUUCGCCGCCUCCCCACAAAGCCGCCAGCUAACGCCCGCCACCUCACAAUACAUCGCUCGACCCGCUCGCAACCGCUAACUUGCCUUCCAUUUUGUCGCCAUGGCGUCCUCGCUGUCUCAGCUGUCCGCUUGCGUUACGCGUAUCCUGUCUCUGACGGGUUUCCCGAAGGAACUCAAAACCAAGGACAUUCAAGCCGCCUUUUCUGAAUGGGAGAAUGUAAAUGGCGGGUUCAAGAUCAAGUGGAUUGACGAUACGAGCCUGUUGAUCGUUUUCAAUGAUGCUACUGCCGCCAAACGUGCUUAUCUUCACACUCUCGCUUUCCCGCCCGCCAUCUUUGCCAACCCUAAUUCUACGCAAACUGCUACGAUCAAACCGUAUGACGGACCCGAUGCACAGGCUGUCAUCCAGAACGUCAAUUCCCGCCAGCACACUACCGGACGAGGCCAUAAUGUCCGCAACUCUGUGUCGCACGGACGCGGUCUCUCCAUGAGCAACGCUCACCGAGGAGCUCCCGCUAACGCUGCUCACACUGCCGCCGGAAACGGUAACGGUAGCGGCAAUGGCUCCCCUCGAGACCGAGACCGUGAGCCGUCACCGACCCUGCCCAAUCUCCCAUCUCAGCCGACUCUCAACUCGCUCAUCUCCUCAUCGCUAGGCGGAGGUGUGGCCGUCGAUCCGACUGCUGUAGACCCUGCCAUCGUGGCGGCGCUGCCGGACCAUGGCGCGCCACGGAUCGGCGAUCCCGGUAAACGCAUGCUGGGCGCUGCGCUCGGCGUCAGGCAUCCGGGGCUUGGGCCACGCGCUGUGAAUGGCGCGUCGACAGGCGGCGUGGAAGUACAGAGGGCUAUGGCUGGCCUGGUCAUUGCCGAGUGAAGGCAUUUUUCCCUGUGGGCUCGGUGGUCACCCGGGGCUGUCGUGGUAGGGUGCUGCCGACGAAAAAGGCCUCCUACUGUGCGGCGGCUUUGCAGUUGCCUCCCUGUCAGAGUCCGGGUACCCGUGCUGCUAUGAUUGGUUUGCAUCUGGUUGGGGAUCCGGCGGUGUUGCUACUUCCUCUCGUUUACGUGUUAUGCCGCCAUCCACCUACACCGUCCGAGUAAUAAUACUACGGAUAUGCUCUUUGAGUACGGCUAGCGUUGAUCACAGUCUCGUUACCGUAGGCACAGUGGCGCUUGUGGGCCAGGUUCUGUACAUAGUAUUGUAUCUUGCCAUCUAUGGCAUUUUUUUUUCC